CUCAUAUAUUAUUGCUCUAAAGAAUGUCAAAAAAAAGACUGGAAAGAGCAUAAAACAUCUUGUGGAAAUUCGUCAGCCAAGCCUAUUGAAACUGAUACGAAACUUUCUUCACACCUUAAUCCAAUCUGGCUAAAAAUAGCAAUAAUUGGUGAUAAUGAUGUUGGAAAAACAACACUUGCUCGUCGUGUUUUUUGUCAUCCCUGGGAAUAUGGUCAAACAUUCUAUUACCCAUUAUUACCUUUCAAUUGGUAUACAUUGGGUCAUCACUUUGUUUAUAAAAUUUACGACGCAAUUGGCAAUUUUAAAUUAGGAGAAACUGAUCGUGAAAUCGAAUACGAAGAUACAGGUGCAAUAAUUCUUUGUUUUGCGUUAGAUGAUCCACAAACAUUAAUUAACAUCGAGAAAAUGUGGAUUCCUGAUGUCAAAAAAAGUUUUCCACACAAGAUGCCACCUUUAUUAUUGGUCGGAAAUAAUAAAGUGUUGCGUGAUUCGAUACCAAUUAUUGAAGACCUAGACUUUUCAUAUAAUGAUUUUUUUAAAAGCGUUAAGGAAGAAAGAAAGAGAAAAAAUAGGGGUAAGGAAUUUGUAAGUAGAGAACAGGCAGAAGCAGUUGCAAACCGAGUUGGAGCAAUUGGAUAUAUGCAAGUUGAUCCAAUGAGUAAAGAGAAUUGUAAUAAUGUGUUUGACAGGAUUACUCUGGCCUGUAUUCCAAAAGUUAGGAGACCACAUAAUGAGAAAGAUCGCUUUGCUGAAACAAGGAUUAGACAAGAGCCAAUCUGAAUUUUUUUCAGUAGAUCUAAAUUUUAUGUCAAUGUUAAUGGAUUAAACAGAAUUUUU